CUAGAUGUUGUCAAGGUCUACUAAAGAAACAAAAUUAUGGCAUACAAAUGUGCAUGUCAAACCCGUUUCCAUGUCCACGAGAAUGCCCGAAGGAGCCCUCUAUGGGAAUUCGUCCGCGAAAUCGGCGUCCUAGCAGUUUCAGCCACCGCAGCAGAGAUCGAAUCCAUGAGCACAUUUCCAGAAUCGACAUAAUAAUGCAAUAGUGCUAGAACACCUCGUGUCGUUUUGUAGCGAUCUCGACGCCUGCCCAGAAAGCCAGGGAGGUGGAGAAGCUGAAUGAAUCCCGGCAAGAACAUCUCUUCACAAGAACAACCGUCGUGUAGAACUACCAAGAGCUCUUCAAUGACCGCAAACGGCGUCGGAAUGCAGCAAGAGCAGGUUGGUGGUUCAUCGCCCUCCAGGGCGCCGAAAAAAGCGAUGGACUUGGCAAAGUUCCCUGACGAAAAACUCCGAGAGCUGAUCGUGAAAAGCUUAGAGCGCACUAAGAGAGCAGAAAAGCACAUACAAGAGAUACAGGAUGGACAUGGAGGAAUACUAGGUACUAGUGCUAGUGGUGGUGGAGGCGACGAGGGCCAGCAAGUGCAAGACAACUCGGGAUCUGGAGGUAAUCCUGAUGAGACUAAAUCACCGUCAUCUUCAUCUACUACUAAUGCGGAAUCGAAAGAAGCAGCACAACAAGAGAAAGUUUUAGUGCCUGUGCGGAGAGAAUCACAGGCACAGUUGCAGGCAUUGCAGCAAGAAUUAGAGCAAGCGCGGAAGGACUUUGUUGCGACAUUGGCGAAGAAGCGUGGUGCCGUUGAAGACCGGUGGUCAGCGAGGCUAGCAGAAUUGCAGACUCUGCAGUCCGAUUCUCUCAGAGUACUCGAAGACCGGCGUGCGAAAGCGAAGCUGCGACAAAAGGUGAAAGCGUUUUUGGCAAUAGAACGGAAGGAAUUGCUUGCUGAUGUUGAAAACUCUGAGGCUGAUGAUGUUGGGAAGAAUGAAUCGCAAAGACAAGAACAGUUGGUGGAGGAGAAAGAGCAACAAGAACAAAUAGCGGUCUUGAAAUACGAGAAUGAAUCACUGCAAGCGGAGAUCGAAGGUUUAGAUGUGGAAAUCACUGAGGUGGAAAAGGAGAUAGAGGAAAAUAGGGAAAAUGCAGCUGCUGCAGCAGAAGCCGCGCAAAGCGAAGCCGAUCUUCAUGCAGAGGCCGCAGCUAGUGCAAAGAAAGCCAUGGAUGAGCAAGAGUCUGCUUUGCGGUCUGAGAUAGAAGCGCUAGAAAAGCAGAUACGCGAAAUAGAAGAGGAAAUUGAAGAGCAGGAGCAAGGGGGUGAUAGCGUUGGUCUUGAAGAUAGCACUCCUGGUGCAGAACAAGGUUCCCCGUCAACGGGAGGUGAGCGUGGCGAAGACGGAUCAAUCGCAGAUGAAGUUGAGAAAGAGCUUAAUCGAGCGCGAGAGGAGAUAGGGGCACUGAAAACACGUUUCGAUGAGAUAGGACUCGAAAAGCUUCGGACUGCAGUUGUAGGGUCAUCUACAGCGCAUGAUGAAGAGCCGGAGAAGAAUGAUGGCGCUGUAGUUUGUUCACCCGAUACCUGGGCCAGUAGUCUAGAGACUCUAUUUGCGGAACUACCUGCCUCCACAUCUGAUGGGGAAGAUGUUGAGACUUCUACAACAACAGCCCUUUUAGACCAACUUCAAGGCAUUUUGGCAGCUAGCGAGCAAGGCCCAGCUGCAAAUUUGGGCAUGGAGCUAGAAGGCCUCGUCACACGUCUACCAAACGAGCAGUCAGAUUAAGGCUUUCGAUUGAAUUAAUUCAACAUGUGCCUGCGAUAAUUUUGAUUUUCAGGGAAAAAGAUGAAGUUCGUUGUCUCAUCAGGUGUUUCACCCGUUCAUCUCGUAGAGAUGCUCGUUGUCUCCUUCUAGGAGGAGGGUGUCCACCACAUCAUGGGAACCCGAUGAAUUCCUGGGACACGGGUAGGAAAAACUCAUCGAGAACGUUGAAAACGCCAAAGCCCUACGCGCUGAUCUAAUCCCAAGUGACCACCUUGCUCGAUGCUGUCGACAAAAAACACGCGAUCAAGGCGCACCGGAAAAUUCUAAACUCCAAGUUUGAGGAGUUUGAGGAGACGGAGAAACUGAUCCGAAACCUGGAACAAGAACGGGACCGAUUAGACGGGCAGCUUCGGACCAUAGCGACUGACUUCGGAGGACAAAGGGAGAGGAUUGAAAAAAGCACACAAGUUAUGGCACCAGGUCUGGUCGUGAUAGUGUUUAGAAGUAUGAUACUAAUAUCUUGUUGAGCACCAACAUUGCUUGUCAACAAGGUUAUGUUUAUGGUUACGGACCUACUUAGCAUGAUGGCCAUUACUAAUAAUUCUGUACUUAUCUAUCUUUUAUUACCUACUAUCUUUCCUUUUCUUUUCCUAGUUAGCUUGGCUCCACCCGUGUUAUGGUUACGGACGAUGUCUUUGUCUACUCUAUGAAGCUUUUCCUCUAAUCCUAAAGAAAUGCAAAAGUUGGAAUCGGAGAAACUCCAGGUCUGCGACGAAAAGGACCAGCUACGGGAACAAUUGAAAACGUUAGAACAGCAAAAGGAGAAGGCCAAGGACGAGAUGAGCUGUCUGAAAGAGGACAUGGCGACAUCAAAUUUAAGGCUUUUAUUUACCCUUAUCCACCCUGCUUAUGAGAUAUCUUGCUUGCUCGAAGACGCUUGUUGUAUUCAAGCGGAAAACGCACGACCCAGGUCGGAUGAUGCGUCUCAAGAUGGAAAACGCAUCCAGCGACGCUCGUCAAAGCACUUAAAUAAAGGGCCGGCUCGUUUUCCUCUUUCUACUUUUAGGUUAUCGUUAUCCCGUCUUGCAAAAUAAGGAUGAGCGCUAACAAACGAAGCGUUAGAGCUGAGUCAAAAAGAGACUGCGGAUCUCUCAACGUCCCUAGAAAAGGUCGCAGAGCAGGUGCAGAUAACGAAGCAAAAUCUCCGAGCGCUGCGAGAAGAAGACCGACUUUUCGACGAUGUAAUGGAUGAAGACCUUCCAGAUGUCGGGGAUCAGUCAGGUGUAUGGUUCAGGAUUCAACAUGAUGAUCUUCACCUUGUACGUAGUUUAGACUUCUUCAAUUUAGCUUCAAUUUUAGCUUCAGUCUGUAACUUAAAGAUUAAGUUUUGCUUCACCUAGUUGUUCAAACACAUCUUCAUUCAACCAUGCUUUGGGUUUAGUUUCGGAAAAACAAAUAAAACAUCAUUUUUUAGAAGAACUAGAAUCCUUCAUCCGAAGAGACCAACGACGAGAACGCACCAGCUUCUCCGGACGCCGAUCAGGAUAAAAAGGAGACAAUUAUGCGUGAGCGAGUACGAAGUCUCAUGGCGGAAUUGAAGCCGCUGAUAACAGUCGAGGUCAAUAUGAGUACCGGAGAGGACAGGACGCUUAAGGGCUACAAGGAGGGGGCUGACGGCGCGGCAAAGAAGGGUAUUCGAAAACUCAAAAUAACUGAGUUACUGACUGAAAUAAGGGAGGUAGCUUAACGUCAAGGCUACCUUUCCUUGUCAUCUUCAGUAUCUCGGUUAUUCUGAUCAGUUACUCGCUUAUUUCAGUUUUUCGAGUACUUACUAUUAGAAUGGACAGCACUAGAACUAUUUUCUGAUGCAUCAAAACCAACAGACGUUACUAGCCCUAGUGCAGGAGAAGCGCUGUUGUGGCACUACCUGUUUCACGAGAAGCGAAAGCGCGGCUACUGGAUAGAUGGGCCAGAGUUACAAGGAAAACUUCAACAGCACUUUAUGAUGAAAAGCACGGAAAAUGGAACUAAGGAACCUGCUAGGUAGAAAGUUCCACUCUACUUCUGUGAUGAACAAAAUGGUGGACAAACUCGUCAAAGAUCAGUUAGUAACGACGAUACGAAGAAGGUGAACAAGUUGUCGCUGACAGCUCUAACCCCUCACUUUCCAUAGACGACUUCUCCUGGCCGCUAGAGGCGAUGAAACCAGUGCAAGGGAACUGGAUUGACCAGCUCGAGUCGAUGCAGAAAAAGGUAGUUGCGUCCACUUCAGGUGUAGACGGUGUGAAUGAAAAAAUCAAUAACGUGCAAGCGGAGUUCCUUCAGUUCCGCCAAAACACCGCCACGAGCCUGCAAAUCAAUUCGAGUCUGCGUAUAAUUUUCAUGACUUUAACAUCUUCAUUUUGAUCUUCCAACUUCAACUUGUUUCACCAUGCAGUCAUGCUCCCCCUCUACGACACCUCCAUAAAAAGAAACAGGAGAGUUGUGACUACACAGGCAUCAAUCAUUAGCAGAGAGCUUCCGGUGCAGGAAUCCAAACAUCAUCUUCAGGGGCAGGAAUCGAAGAAGCUUCUAAGACUGCUUCCAAAAUGCGCAUGGACAUGGAACUAAUGCAUUCCGAGAGGGACACAGAGUUGAAACGAAAAGAAGAAAACAUGGAAGAAUAUGCUACGUUACUAGCAGAAAAAGAGGACAGAGCCCAAGAAGAACGAACCCAGGACUUGCAAUUAGAGAAACUUGCCUUCGAUAUUGAGAACGAACAGUUUCAACUUCAGAAACGUACAAAUAAUUUUUUGUGAACGAUUUUUUUUGCGUGUAAAAAAUGCACACUUCUAACAACUACAGUCAGUCUAGAAGAUGUGCUCCACUAGAACCCAAAAUUACAAUUUGAAUAAACCUAUCUUCAACGUCCGAACAUACCUACCUCCAUUUUCUCAGGUUCUCGAAUCGGUGUCACCGAGAAAGCUAACGAUGCCUUAGAAGAAGAGACCAAAAAGCAAGAGCUUUUACGGUUGCGGGAGGUAAGUAUUCCUCCUCUAGAGGAAGAAGUACAGGCUUUACGCACAGCGGUUCACGAAAAGGAAAAGGAAAAGGAGGAAGAGGUUUCGGUAGAGGAAACUUCUGUCGCUUUGGGAGAAGGUUAUGGUCGUAAAGAACUAACCUACUAAAUUUGAUAACCUAGUAAAAUUGAAUUUUUUUAGUUGUGAAUAACCUAAAGGAGGAAGUUUCGCUCCCUAGUGUAUCAGAUACCUGGAAUCGCAGUUGCUAACUCUUAUCGUCUUCACUGGGAGAUAAAUGAGUCCUUAAUUAAUGUCGCAUGUUCUUUGAUUUACCACCACCUUUAGAGACGUGGUGAUGACGGUUUGUCCAAUUUCUUUGCUUCGUUCCACCCGUCGCACCUUCUAACUGCUCCCGAAUAAAGCAGCCGACGGACAAAUACCAAGCAAGACUCACCACAUCUUCGGUAAGCCCUUGUCCGCUAGUGACAUUAAGAAACUAGGAGCCCAAAAUCCUACAACCACCGGGAGCGAAACUUCCUCCUUUGGAGGCGCCGGCUUCUCCAAUACGAAUAACUCCAUCAGCGAUAUCCGAGAUACCGCUUUAUUUGCAGAACACAACCUCCUGGCAGAGCGUAAGCGAAAACUCUUUCGACUACCAGUCCAGGCCUAUACAUUGCAGGCUGAUGCAGCAGCGGCAGAUCUAUUGCAAUUGCGUAGCCAGAUUGAUUCAGUGGAGAAAAAGCUCGACGAGCAGCGUGACCGGAUUCAAAGGCAAUACGAGGAAAUCCUGGAAAACAAACGCAAAUUUCGGGAGGUUCAAGGUCUGUAUUUGACGCCGACGAAGGAGUUGGAGUUAUGGGAGAGGAAAUAGUAUACAUAGUGGGUGAUGUUGUACAAGUACAACAAGAGGAAGAGAUUGUGUUGUAAGAGGUUAGAGAUAGAAAGAACAAUCAAAAUGACGAUCAAAAAAUGAGGAAGUUCAUGACCAUCACCACGAUCAUCUGUAAACGCUCUCUAAGUCACUACGUCCAAAACGUAUUUCGGAAAUACGUCGCGACGCUACCAGCAUCGCAUACGAAAGCACGGAGCCUGCUUCCGGUCAUGCACAAAUUCUUCAAUGUGGACGUAAAGCAAGAUGGGACAUCCUCAUCGGCUGUUAUGGAGGUUGAUGCUAUGUUUUUUAUCUAAUCGUAAUCCCGACAAUCAUGAUUCCUUGAUUGCACUAUCUGACUACUUGUACUUUUUACUUGAAGAAUUGAAAUGCAACGGGCGGGUCUCCAAGAUCAUGAAACAUGUCACUUGGUUUUGAUGUUAUAGAUGAAGUGAAAUAUUACGAUUACAAGCCGAAAUAGAUGAUCGUAAUGCGUAAAAAGCUAGCUUCUUUUUGUUCAUAAUCAGUCCUACUGGUUCCGUGGCUCCUUCCGUCGCGGGCACACCGAAAGGGGGGACGCCGACUGCCGCCUUUGCACCUGAAAGUCGUACUUUAGGGACACCAGCUGCUGCUGGCGCAACACCAGUAGCUAGCACGACUGACUCCUAGUAGCUGUAGCAGUGCGAUCACCUACUAUUAUAAGAUAAAUGCAAAUCUUUCGGAGAUGAGCGCCUGUAGUUAUUUCCCACGAUGAAAGAGCUGAAACAAGGAAAGACGGCGAGAUUAUGAUUGUCAUGUCGCCAUAUGAUAGAAGAGAACAAGUUUUUUGAGAUCGCUCACUUUUUGUGCUUUCAAGAUCUGGCCUUCAAAUUUCCAUUCUCAUUCAAGCAAAGAACGACCUGUACUAGAUUUUUGGAUUUUCAAUUUCAAGGUAGGAAAAAGAAAAGCGAUAUUCGACUGAUAAUCGUUCAAAAAUUCACUUGUUUUUAGCUUCGAAUGAGUCCUUGUUAUAUUUAUAAUUGUUGUCCGAUUUCCCUUUCUCGUCUUUUCCAUCGUCGAGAAGAUGAUCGAUGAACAACUAUCGAUAAACGUGAUCUGAUUUUGGUUUUCCUCCUGUUGUACACCUAAAAAUUAUUGAUGUCAAAAUAUAACUUCAAGCUAUUGGUAUAGAGCAAAACGAAGAACUUUGUUCGAACUGCUUUACUCUGUUGUCACUCUAUAAAAAUCACUGUAACUUACUCAACUUUGUACUUUUCCCAUGAUAGAGAGGAAAGACGAACUACAAGACGACCACCAAUAAAUGAAGGAGCAAAGGUUGUGACUUUUGAAGCUUGAUUGCCUGCUGAGCAGGACUGAUGCUGCAAUAUUAAUAUGAGAAGCGGCGCGCUUUCGUAGUACUUCAACAGUUGUGCUGCUGUACAACAAGUGGUGAUUGUGGGUGCGACCACGUCGUGCGAGGA